CUCUCGAUCAGCACAGUGCAGCUUCGUGUGAUCGUGCCAUAUAAUAGUGGCCUCCAAUCUCUCUUGUCUACUCGGAACCGUUCUUAGACAUCGACAAAAGCAGGAUUAGCCAGCUGCAUCAAAGCGACAACGAUGAUGCUUCAAGCAUUAGGCCUUUUCGCUUUUACCACCGUAGCGUUGUGUCAAAGUUACGCAUACACCGGAACCAUCAGUUUAACUCAAGAUGAGUUUUGUCAUUUCAACAAUAUCUCACACAGUCAAUGUGAUAAACAGUUUGAUUCCUAUUUGAGCAAAAACCCGUAUUUGAAGAAAUGUUCUGCUAGCAGUCCAACCUAUUCAAAUCGAUGUCCAUCGAACGACGAAUUUGGAACUACUAGUACGACCACCAAUAACGAUGUACUGUCGUCAAACGCCGUUGAAGAAGCCACGGAAUCGAUCACUCUUCCGGACAUACAAAAUCAUGCGGGUGAUGAAGACAUCGAAAUUCCCCCGGCGACCGAUGUUUCAUACAGCAGAAAAAUCAUGGACUUUUCGCUCCGACUGUUUCAAACAGCCUUCCCCAAAGGCAGUCCUGAUAACUACAUACUGAGCCCGGUCAUGGUGCAGACACUUCUGUCCUACCUGAACGAUGGUGCAUCGCAGGCAACACGCCAGGAAAUGAAAACCAUUCUUCAGCUCAGCACGAAUGAUCUCAAAGAGAUACGGAGCGUUUUCCAACCGAAAUCUGAAGAGCAACCAAAGUACAAGCUUGAUGUUGCUUCGCAGAUUUUCAAAUCGCCUCUGAUUGAGCUCUUGCCCGGGUUUCAGGAUUCGCUGAACCGAAACAAAGUGCCAAUGCAAGAAAUGGAUUUUACCAAUCCACGUAUCGCUGCGAACGAAAUCAACCACUGGGUCAACAUAACUACGCGCGAGAAAAUUACUUCAAUUAUUGAUGAACGUUCUUUGGAUCCGGCUACCCAGCUUAUGCUGCUGAAUGCUAUCUACUUCAACGGAACAUGGUUGUACAGUUUCAAUAAUACAGUACGCGAUACCUUCCAUUUAGGAGGAAAUAAGCAACAUCCGUGCAAUAUGAUGACACUCUCGCAAAAGCUCCGUUACGGCUACACGGGUCCUAACGAAGACGAUCAAAAGCUGUUGUGGGUCGAGCUCCCAUACAACGGCGAUGAGAUGUCCAUGAUUCUGCUGCUCCCUGCUAGACGCUUCAAACUGGAUGAAGAGCUGCUAAAUUUCAAAGUAAGUGAUUUGGAAAACAUACUCGCAGAGAUCGAAAGGAACAACAAGGGGAAAAUUAAGGUCAAGCUACCAGUUUUCAAAGCUGAAAGUGAGGUUUCGCUUGUUAAACCACUGCAACAGAUGGGCUUGCGAAGUGUGUUUGGCGACGGAAAACCAUUCGCCAAAUUAUCCAACACGAAUGUAAAGAUUUCAAAUGUCAAACAAAAGUCGUUUUUAUCAGUCAACGAACGCGGAACGACUGCAACAAGCGUUACGGUGGCAACUAUUAUUCCACUCAGCCUUCCUCGGAACGUGGAGUUUAUUGCUAAUCAACCGUUCGCUUCUAUCAUCAUUGAUAAAAAGUCAAAAAUACCCUUGUUCAUCGCUAGAAUUAGUAAGCCUGAAAGACUAAAAUAGUCAAUCGUCGCUUGCUGACAUUUCUCGAAUCGCAAUGGUUCUUUUAAUUGAUGAUUAAUGACCUUUGAUAAAAAAUAAAAACAGUUAAAAAUACG